AUGAAAGAUAUAUUGACUAGGAAAAGAGAAUUUAGUGAGGUGGAGACUAUUACAUUUACUGAAGAGUGUAGUGCCUUACUACAGAAUAAGUCUCUACCCAAGUUGAAAUACCCUGGGAGUUUCUCUUUCCCAUGUAACAUUGGAAAUCUUUUUAUAGAAAAGGCUUUAUGUGAUUUAGGUGCUAGUGUUAGUGUCAUGCCCUUAUCUGUUUGUACUAAAUUGAACAUGGGUGAUUUGAAAGUUACCAACAUAACUCUUCAAAUGGCCGACCGAUCUGUGAAAUACCUCUUUGGUGUUUUGGAAGAUGUGCGUGUUAGAGUAGGUAAAUUUUUUAUUCCCAUAGACUUUGUUGUGUUAGACAUGGAGGAGGAUAAACCGAUUCCUAUUAUUUUGGGUAUACCUUUCCUACAUACUGCAGGGGCAGUCAUAGAUGUUAAGAAUGGGAAACUGACUUUAAAUGUGGGGGAUGAUAAGGUUACAUUCAACUUAACCCACAUUGUUAAGGGUUCCAUGAUAGAGGAUUCAUGUUGUAGUAUAGAUGUGUCUGAUGAUUGUAUCAAUGAUAAUUUGCCUCACGCCACCUCUAGAGACUAUACAGAGGAUGCACUUGUUUUGAAUGGUUUUGCAGGUGGUGGUUACCAUAACAUCAACUCCUUGGUGGGGUCUUCUACAAGGGCAAGACUUGGCUAUAUUGAAAGCCAAAAGGUUGAAAAUUUUGUCAAUGGAGGACACCACAUUCAUGAUCAUGGUCACAAUUUCCCCCGUCUUGUGUUUCAUUUGCAUAGCUCUAAUGGAGCUAUAUAUUGGUUCGAGAGGUGA